GUUUUGUAGUCCGCGUUGGGGUCAGAGACGAUUUGUGCUUCCGUCUUAGUAGGUGUGGGUUGAGUCAAGUUUGUUCGAGCAAACGUUAAUCACUUCAGUGUUUCGUCUUUUAAUUUUACUGUAAAAUCACACUAAGAGUGACGUGUUGUGUUGACAUUCACAUGAUCGUCAGCGAAGUUAGUAGUUUGUGAAACAGCCUAAUGAUUUUCAACGGUGGCUAAGAGCGCCAUUUUUAAAUAUCAAGAGGGAAAUAAUCACUUGACGGUGUGGGUGUCUGUCGUGGAGAACUUGCGUCGGUCCUUCUUAAACGGAUGGCUUCGGGAGGGGAGAGGAUCACCUUUACACAGGAGCCUUCAUUCACGGGAGGAAUACCAAAUGUUGUACUAACAAAUCCACCAGUUCUUACCAGCUCUACGCCUUUGCUUCAGUUGAAUGACUCUCUAAUGAACAAUCCUAUUCAAAAACAUGUGGGUUUGGGACUUGGCACAUCUGACACAGAUCUUCAGAAAAUGCUGAUUGAUGAAAGAAUGAGAUGUGAGCAUCAUAAAACUAAUUAUCAGACUCUAAAAGCUGAGCAUACAAGGCUACAGGAUGACUUCAUUAAAGCUCAAAAUGAUCUGAAACGUGCUCUUACUGAAAAGCAGACUAUUAAUGAUAAAUUCCAGCUGCUGCUUACUGAACUGCGUGGGGAGUUGUUGGAUAAAACUAGAGAAGUUGAGGAACUGAAGAUGCAGGUUCUGACACCACAGAAACUAGAAAUGCUUAGAGCUCAAAUUCAGCAAGAGCAAGAAGGGCCACUGAGAGAGAAAUUUAAUAAGCUGGAUGAGGAAGCUGAAAAGUAUAGGACUGAAUACAACAAACUUCGUUAUGAAUAUACAUUCCUAAAAUCUGAAUUUGAACACCAAAAGGAGGAGCACAUUCACAUACUAGAAGAAAACAAAAUGCGUUAUGAUGCAGAGGUCUCAAGGCUAGAAAAAGACAAGGAAAAUUUGACUAACCAAUUGUUGAGCAUUGAUCCUACCAGAGAUGAAAAAAGGGUGGAAUCUCUACUAAGAGAGAAAGCUCAGUUACAUCAAAGACUAAAAAAUCUUGAAGCAGAAAUCAUUGAGUUAAGAGCAGAAAGAGACAACUGUGGAGCACAGGCAGAGAACGUUCAGAGAAUACAAGUGAGGCAAAUGGCAGAAUCCCAGUCUGCUGUCAAAUCCAUAGAGGCAGAAAAGCAGUCGUUGAAGAUGCAGCUAGAUCGCCUGGAGAAAGAACUGCAGCUUAGCCAUGACCAAAAUACUCAGUUAAUCAGUAAACUGCACAAAUCGGAGAGAGAAGUGAAUGCCCUCACAGAGAAAUUGAAAGAACUUAAACAUUCUCAUAAACUUGAUGUGGCUAAUAUUAAGCUGGAGUGUGCUCGAACAAAGGGAGAAGUUGAGAGAGAACGGGAUAACCUUCAGGGUGAACUUCAUGGAAUGCAGUCAAAUAUUGAAGUUUUGAAAGCCACCAUUGAGCGACAAAAGGAGCGUAUAGCAGAAAAAGAGAGAGAGUUGAUACGCAAAGUUCAAGCAGUAAAGGAUGAGGAGAUUCAGAAGCUAACAGUAAUUCAAGAUGAAAAAUUACAGCUGGAAAACAGGGUAGCUAACUUAGAAGAGCAGAAAGAGGCAUCUGAAGCUUCCAGAAAUUCAGAGAGAGAAAAAUGGGAAGAGAAACUACAUUCUUUACAGUUGUCUGAGGAGGCCUUAAAGAAGGAAAUCCAAAAUUUAAGAAGUAAAUUGCAACAUCAAGUGCAUCAACUAGAACUCCUUGAAAAAGAGAAAAAUGAAAAUACUGAACUCCGACAGCAAAAUCAAGAUCUCCAAAUUCAGCUUAACACAUUAACCCAGUCUGAAAAUGAUUUACUGGAUGUUAAUAAAAAACUGAGGCACACUCUUGAUAGACUUAAAGAAGAAAUCCGAAAUGCACGAAGUCAAGCUGAAAAGGCACAACAGGAAGCAGAGAAAUUACUUGAAGAGCAGCGUAUUGAAUGGUUAGAAGAGAAACACAAGCUACAGGACCAAAUUUCAGAGCUGGAUGAGAAACAGGAUCAGUUUAAAGAGAAACUUCAACGAGCAGCAAUUGCUCAGAAAAAGAGGAAAUCACUUUAUGAAAAUAAAUUAAAAAGAUUACAAGAUAAAAUCCAGUUAUUAGAAGCAAAGAACGAGGAAUUAGAAUUGGAGAAGAGCACCUUAAAUAAGCAGUAUACUCAAAGUGAGGAUUAUUUACGACUUCAGAAGAAACUUAAAGAAAUGCAACGCAGACAUAAUGAAUUUCGACGACUUAUAAUGGUUCCUCAUUUAACAUCUGCAGGCAUAAACAGUUCACAUAGUUUUCUUUUAAAUACCUUUGAUAUGACGGCCCCAGUUUUACAGGAUGAACAGCAGCAGAUGGAGCUACUUAAUUUAAGGAAAAGAUUGGAAGACCUAGAAACUUUACAGCAGAGACAGCUAGAAGAGCUUGGAGCUUCUGUGGAAUAAGACUCAACAAAGUAUAUCUGUGAGCUGGGACUACUGUUGUUUAUAAAUUAGGGCUAUUUUUUUGAAUACAUGUAAUUUAUUUUUUGAUUAAAAAUAUCAAUUUUUAUACAUAACUCAACAACAAAAUCAACUAAGUGUCCGUAUUAGGACAUAAUCAUUCCAUACUAGACCAUUUUUACUCCAGGUUUUUAUUUAAAUUAAUCUUUAAUUCUUUUGUUGGCAUUCAUAUUCAUAUUACCUGGAUGCAGGUAAAUUUUGUAUGGCAAAAAAAUCACUGUUUAACUAUCAGGAACAUGUCUAAGAUUUAAAAUUAAAAUAAUUAUCUGUUGCUUACCCACAUCAUGCAAUACUAAAAAAAAAAGGAAUUAAUACAUUAUGCUAAAAUAAUAAUAUUGCUAAUAUCAUGUGUUGUCAAAGUAUUUUAACUAAUAUUUAUUAUUAUUUUUAGUAUCUCUGUAUUUUUUUUAUUUUUGUCCCAUGUUUCCCCAAUACAGUUGUUGAAAAGAAAUCUAGAAUGAGAUAAUGAGCAAGUGCCUUAACAAUUCAUAUGAAUUUCUAAAGCCCAUUGCAUUGUUGGUGCAACACAGAUAUCAAAUAAUGACAUCCAUACAAGUUACAAAAUGUGUCAGUUAAUAUAAUAAAUGUAUCUUUGAUCAAUAAUGUACAUUUUUACAGAUUAGAACUUGCUUUACAUCGCCAGGUGGUAUAGUUGCUAGAAAUUUGUUUAUCAGCAUUACCUUUUUGAAAUGAAACCCCAUACAAAUUGGAAAAAUGUAAUUUCAUACAUAAAACCUCCUAUGUACUUAGCUGGAAACCCCAGUGAGUUACAGGUUAAAUUUUAAGGUUAUGCCGGACAUUAAUUAUUUCAAUUAAAUGUCAGUUAAGAAUUUCCAUUACAUUUCGUUUUGGCUUUGCACUGUAAACAGACUCAUUCAAUAGCAGCUUAAUAUAAAGAAUGAAUCAAUAAGAUGCUACUUUUGAUAGUUCAGAUCCCUCUUAGGCCAGUGUUUUUCCAAUUGGUUGAGCUUUUGAUAUGAUGCCUGCCAUUCUGAGCAGAGACACAAAUACUUGACAAAGUAAUGAAUGAAAAUUAAUUUCAAGAAUAAACCCAAUGAAAUACACAUACACACAUCAAUAGGUGUACAGGAACAGUAAACAGCACAGAGAUUAAAAUUGUGCCAAAGAUUAGAAGCAGAUAUCUUUUUUUUUUCUUGAUGUAGUCAAAGAAUUUAAUCCCUAACCUGACCAUUAGGAUGAAAGUUUUAGGAAGAAAUCUGCAAUGAAUGGAGAAGUGGGGUCUGUCUAGUAGGGAUUUAGGAUAGUAAUAAGAUUGGCAUCAGUAAAUAAUGUAUUAGAUAACUUAUGGGUGUGUAUGAGACCAGCUGCUAUUUUAAGAUUUUUAUGUUCUGACAUUUGUAUGUGUACUUAUAAUGUCAAGUGCUUAAUGAUAAAUUUGUUUGAAUCUGAAUAACAAAUCAUUGUUCUGUAAUAUUUACAUCGAGGGGUGCUAUCUAAAAUGAACAAUUUUGGGAUUCAGUGUUUUUUAUUUAUUUUUAACUAUUGCUAAAAGUGUAUUUUUAAUAGCAAGUUUACUUUUUCAAAUCUCUUUAUAAAACUCUCCACAUUACUCGGCACAGUUGUUCAUUUCCUUUGUUUCCUUUUAUAUUAACCAGUCAUCAGUUAAUAAAGAGGAACUACCAACCCACCUGCAAACUUGCUUCCAUGUAACCCUGUGUACAUGCAUCAAGAAAGUAUCUGUGUUGUUAAAAUAUUAUGGAAUGAAAUGAGUGAGGCGGGAUGGAUCGCAAGGCAUAUAGAUGAAGCUCUCAGAAAACUUCAUUCUUCGAUGAAUGAAAGCACUAAUAAGCCAUAUAACUAAAUGCCAAUUUUUAUUAUCUGUUACGCUUGGCUUCUAAUGAAACUGGUUUUAAUGAAAACCUACAGCUACUUUGAACCUCCAGGAUGGUAGUUGACUACCCCUGCAUUAAAGGAUAUUUAUUUUAGUUUAGAGUUGUUUAACUUGGGGAUUUACUGGAAGGCUGAAUGCCUUAUAUUUGGGUUAACUCAUAGACCAGCCUCUGUCAAUGAUAGACCUCGAUUUAUGACAUGAUCUAUUAUGUUCUAUUUUAUCUCAUCAGACACAGUAGCUUGUGUUCUUCCUCUAUGAUCAAUACCACCAUCCAUUCAGUCUGCAUUCCUUCAUCUCUUCUAUCAUCUAUCCAUUUGUCUGUAUCCAAAUUGCACAAAAUCUUUCCAAAAAUGCUUACUUUUUAAAGAUGGAUAUGGAAUUGAAAAUCCUGGAUAGGUUUACAAAUAAGAUGGGAAGUGUUGUGUUCAAUUUACAUGGCUUUAAUUACUUUAUCUCCAUAACCUUUAUCAAAAGCUUUUCUGUGAACUUUAAAUGACUUCAAAUAUAUGUGCACCUUAGCAACUUGCUGUUUGAAUUUUCCUGUUUUGAAAUUUUGUAUCAUCUGUUUUGAAACAGAGCAAGCAAGUAUUUGCAAAUUAGGCUGUUAAAAUACAGUUUAGCUGGAAGUGAGUGAGAAGUGAAUUAAAGAAUUUUGAAAACCGUUCACCAAAAAGCAUUUUGUGUCUAAUCAAAGAAAAAUAUAAUUCAUGUGUUAGAAGUGUGAAGAGCUUUGAAAAUGUGAACUUGGUAUUAGCAGUUGUAAAAAUACACAAGGUUUAGUAAACUGGCUAAAAUGUAUGUUAACUUUAUGCCUGAAGUAAUAUACUUAAUGAAAAAGAGAAUAUGCUUUUAGAUACUACAUUAAGAAAUAAAACCAAGGACCACCCAGUUAGGUGACUCUUUUUAGUAAUAAUGUGUACAUUUAUAAAAAUUACAUAAAAGGAGAUGGCUUACUGUUUGAAGGUGAUCGGUACUUCUCUUAUUUCAUAUUUUUCUUUUUUGUGUGAGCUCCAGUUUUUACUACCCAAGUUUGUGUACUGUCUGUUCAGUUUGUUGCCUAUUCUAACUUUGCUAAAUUGGUAACCGUUUGGUUUCUUCUGUUACCUCAACAUCUUUCUUUGAGUAUUGAAUUCUAAAAAUUUCUUAUUGUUGUCCUACUUCUCUUCACUGAUACUUUUGACACCUUGGAUAGAUGCUGGUAGUCUUCUUUUUCCACUAAUGCAGUCCUCCAUUAUAAGUCCCCUUUGGUGUGUAAAGUUGUUCUCUUGGCCUACUUAAUAAUUAUCAUGCUCUGUUAAUGCAGUAUGUAUUAAGAAAACAAAUGCAUUUCACAUGCAAGCAUAUACGGUUCCUUAGAAUCAUAGGCCUUUCAAUAUCAAUUUAUUGAAGGGGUGUUGAUGUGCAUUUAUUGUGCAUUAUUAGAACUCGUUGUCCAAACUCUAUCGUACUAUAUUAAUAACCUAUUAUAAAGAUGUGAAUAAGAAUUUGUGAUCAAUCACUAGUGCCUCUGUAUUCUUCCAAUAUUUGAAUGUCAAACUCUGUCAUGUGAUUGUGCUGGCUCUUUUGUGCUGUAUUCUCUUUCAGAUGGUUAACUUUCCAUUUUAGUCUUUUAAGGAUGUUGACUUCCUUGUUUUUGUGUCCAUGGUCAUGUCUAUAAUAUUGUGAAUUUUUUAGAGAUAAACCUCAUGAUGAAAGGCAAUAUAUAAAGAUGAAUUUUAAGGUCUUAUUUCACUUAUUUGAAAGGCAACGUGGUGAGAAAAAGAAAGUAAGGAUUUAAACCUAAGUAGCCUUUUUCACUAAAAAUUGUUUUUUGUGUUUAACCAUUUACCUUUAAACUAUUGGUAGCUAGUCUUAUUUUCACUAUUACUACAAUACAAAUGUUUAUGUAAAUAUAAAAGUAAUGGCUGUCUUCCAGUUUAGUCUGUAAGGCUGUUGUGCCUUCACUGACAUUCAUUUGUCCACUUCUCAGUUUACAUCUUCAGGACUUUGAAAUGGCCACUAUUUUUUUAACUUGUGUUUUUAUACAUUUGUUUAUUUUGGUUUCUAUAAUUUAUAGAUCACAUUUAUAAAUAAAACAAUUUUUAUUUAAUUAUGUUUUGUAUAACAUUCUGAUGCUAUCAUUUAUAUAAAAUUAAAUUAUUUAUUUUAAAUUAAA